GGGCGCCCAUCGCCCACGCCCAGUGUGGAGGGCGGAGAUGGAGACGCCAAUGCUGUGAGUGAAUGAAUCGAGGUACGAUUUAGCGGCAGCGCGAGGUCGCCGAUCUAAUUGCGCGCCGGAUCUAGAUUCUAGAUCUGGGAGAUGGAGGAUUUCGCGAACUUGCUCCACAGGGAUUAUGGCAUCAAGCCCCAGGGCAAGAUGGCUCCCAUGUCAGCUGCCAAGGCCACGGCAUCCGCCGGGGGUGAGCCGGCGAUGAAGGGUAAGAGCAGCAGCGGCGGCAGCAAUGCUAGAUCGGCCAGAGCUUCCUUCGGAGACGACGAUCUCUUCUUUGGUUCCAAGCCGCGCAAUGCCUCUUCUUCCUCGGAGCCGCUGGGUGGAUCCUACGACGAUGUUUUCGGUGGUCCGCCCAAAUUUGCUCCUCCCAAGCACACAUCGUCCUCCGCCCCAUCGGUGCCUGUCUACGAGGACAUCUUUAGAUCGCAGCCGCCGCCUCCGCCAUCGUCGUCCUCUUCCAGAGAUCACUCUCUCCCGGUUUUCGACGCUCCUUACGAGGAUGAUAUCUUCGUGGGUGUGCGAGGGACUCGCUCCUCCUCGGGCGUUUCUUACGACAAUGUCUUUGGUGGUGGUGGAGGAGGAGCUAGCUCCAGUGAAAGCCCGACGGAUGAUCUGCUUGGGGGAUAUAGAUCGGGACCAAAGACCAAACCUCCUCCGCCACAGUUCGACACUGGCUCCACACCUUACGAUGAUGACCUGAUACCAGGCAUGGGAUCCGGGUACUCUUCUUCCAAGCAGCCAGAGCCGAGCUCUUUCAUCUCUGUCGACGAACCGGCCCCUGCUUCGACGGAGGUAGACCCUUUCGCCGGUAUUGAACCCGAUCCAUUCUCUGGCGUACCUUCUGUUUCAGAUCCUUUGGAUCCCUUCACCGGCUAUCCAAAGUCAGUUAGACAAAGCUUUGGUUCUUCCAGGAAAGCCGACGUGGACAACGAUAGUGAUGAUUCUUUGCCAGAAGGAAAAGAGGAAGCGGUGCAGGAAGAUUAUGUUCCGGCGAAGGACUACGUCCCGAAUGAAGAGUACAUUCCAGCAGAUAGUUAUGGAUCAGGGGACUUCACGGAGGAGGGAACUUCUCGUGAGUUUAAGGAACCUUGGGUGACCGUUCACAGUGUGCGGCUCUUGACCGACCCUACAGUAGCGCCGCCUCCUUCCCGACCACCUCCUGGUCUUGGCUACCACGAGAGUCCGUAUGUGAAUGGUCGUCACGACUUUCAAGGGGGACUAAGUGACGAUGAGGACGAGGCAGAAGCAAGAUACAAGCUUGAGAAGGAAAGAGAGUUGCAGAGAAAAGCGGAAAGAGAAGAAGAGGAACGCAUACAGAGAGAACGGGAGGAAAAGGAGAGGUUGAGGAGAGAACGGGAGGCUGUUGAAAGAGCUACUCAGGAAGCGAGGCAGAGAGCAGCGAAACAGGCUCGUGAGAGAGUCGAGCGAAUUGCUGUGGAGAAGGCGACGGCUGAGGCUCGUGAAAGAGCAGCUGCUGACGCUAGGCAGAGGGCUGCUGAGAGAGCAGCAGCCGAGAAAGCGGCUUCGGAAAAAGCAGCGGCCGAGACUCGAGCAAGGGAACGAGCAGCAGUGGACAGAAUCAAUGCUCAAGUGCGCGAGAGAGCAGCAGAAGAAGCACGAAUAGCAGCAGAAAAGAAGGCGGGGGAACGAGCUGCCGUGGGAAAGAUCAAUGCUCAAGUUCGCGAAAGAGCUGCUGAAGAAGCACGUAAAGCUGCUGCUGCGCAAAACAAAGCGAAAGAGCAAAGAUCAUCGUCUGACGACUUCGAAGGAGGUAUCUUCGGCCGCGCAACAAGUGCUCCCAAGCAACGACCUCCAACUUCGGAUUUCUCGAAGCCGUUUCCUUCGAGUGAUAAAAGAGGCUCCUCGGGCGCGCCAGUGAAGAAAGUCUCAUCAGUCUCUGGCAUUGAUGAGUUAACGAAUUUAUUUGACAAUCCAUCUUCUCCUUUCAGAGAGAUAGAUGGUGAAACACCUGAUAGAAGGAAGGCUCGGCUGGAACGGGAUCAACGCACACAAGCACGAGCAAGACAAGCUCUGGACGAAAAGCAUCGGAGAGAUUUGGCGACCCAGAGAGAGCAAGCGGAGAAACACAGAGCUAGCGAGACAUUAGACUCGGAGAUAAAGAGAUGGGCUGCAGGGAAGGAAGGAAAUCUUCGUGCCUUGCUUUCGACCCUGCAAUAUGUAUUGUGGCCGGAAUGUGGGUGGCAACCCGUUUCCCUCACGGAUUUACUUACUGGAGCGGCCGUGAAGAAAGUGUAUAGAAGAGCUACUCUGUGCGUGCAUCCUGAUAAGGUGCAGCAGAAAGGAGCGACGAUCCAGCAGAAGUACAUCGCAGAGAAAGUGUUUGAUUUGUUGAAGGAAGCUUGGAACAAAUUUAACUCAGAAGAGCUUUUUUGAUUGGCAGGGAUCGUUGUUUCGCAUUUUCUUCUUCGCAGGUAUUAUUGUAAAUGUGGUGGUGAUGCCAAAUAAACAAAGAUAUCACAUUUUGAGGCU